GUCUUCUAGAGCGCAUCGUUCGUCGUUUAGUCGUUGUUCGUUUAGUGGGCAAACGCGUGGAGAAGUUUUUUAUACACAGACGAACGCUUUUUUAUACGCUCCGAGUGUGCGAGUGUAAAAAAUCAACCCUUACCUCCUGGGGGUGACUAAAUAACAACAACAACAACAACGAGCAAAAACAAGACCCAUAACGGAAACCUUCCCCUCACUUUAGAAGCUGCGUUUUUUUUCCUUCGGUUUUGCUUUUGGGCAUAAAAACCUAAAUUUUCAACUCAAAAUCCAAGCCGGCUCUGAGUGAGUGUGUGUGUGCGUGUGUGAGGGAUAGAAAGAGAGCAUACGCAAAGGAAGAGAGAGAGCGAGACAAAGGCUCACUCAGUCACACAAGCAGAGAACACUACGUUUUUACCGUCCAUCAUCAUCAUCAUCAGGCCUAGAGCCCGAUUAUCCAUCCAUCCGUUAGGUUAGUCUGGCCGCAUCGAGCAUCGUGUGUUGUAGUAGUAGAUGAGAGUAAAGGAAGUUUGAGCACAAAAAAAAAAUAACCGAAAAUAAUAAUAAAGAAAGGUGUCCUUACCGCUUUGGACUAACCGACAAUUGUCAGUUUCACACGAAACACGAACGCGUUUGGACGUAUUCACAUCAUCAACAACAACUAAAAAAAGAAAAACGUUUAUCAAAACCUAAUAUCAAGUCGAACUUAUCUAAUGCAGUGCAUAGUGACCACACUAAAAAGAACACCUUGAGAACAAUUUGUGUAAGAAAUCUAUACAAAUCAAAAUAUAUAGUGAAAAAGAAAAGGAUUUUUUCGGUCAAAGUGAAAAUGGUUAUGUCGGAGCUACGUUGGCAUACCGCUGCUAGUCCCGAGGAUAAUAAUAAUUCCUUGAAGCGUGAUUUGCUAAAGACAACACCGACAAGUGCCCGAGAGGCAGCUGUCGCCGUACACAUAAUGCAGAAUCGAUAUAUCAGCCGUCUGUCGCGUUCACCGUCGCCGUUGCAAUCGAAUGCUUCCGAUUGCGAUGAUAAUAAUUCCAGUGUGGGAACUUCUAGUGAUCGCUGUCGUUCACCAUUGAGUCCAGCUCUCUCAUUGAGCCAACAGCAGGCCAAACGUCAAUUGCUGGUACCACAUCCGGCUCACCAUCAUCAUCCACAUCUGCCGCAUCAUCAUCAUCAUGUGCAGUACAAGCAAGAACAGUCAGACGACUACGAUGAUGAUGAUGCUAAUGGUGGAGCCUUGAACUUGACCAGUGAUAACUCACGUCAUAGCACUCAAUCGCCAGCCAAUUCCAUGAAAUCCUCGAAGACAACCACGUCGCCACCACCAUUACCCCUAGAGUCACUAAAUCGUCCAGUGAUCUCUCCUCAUCUAGCCGCAUCAUCAGCGGCAGCGGUAACAGCAGCAGCAGGAGCAGCUUCUCCUCCUCCACCAGCCUCAACAAUGGCUGCUGCUUCAAUGGCAGCUGCUGUUGCUGCUGCGGCCGCCAAUGGCAUUAAUCCGCUCCUGGCUUUGCCAGGCAUGUCCUCACCGCAAGCCCAAUUGGCGGCCGCUGCCGCUGCUGGUCAUCAUCCAUUGUUGUCCGCCCAGGAUUUUGCUCAGUUCCAGCAAUUGUUGCAGCAACGUCAAGUUGCCCUGCAACAACAAUACAACAGUUAUAUGGAACUUUUGCGAAAUGGUUCGUUGGGCAUGCAACAAGAUGAUCCUAACCUGGCCACCCAAGUGGCUGCUGCCCAAUUCCUAAUGCAAAGCCAACUGCAGGCCCUAAGUCAGGCCAAUCAGCAACUGCAAUCGCUGCAAAAGCGUCAAAUGGAGGAAACAACAUCCAUGAACCUGCCACAGCCGCGUAGUUCUACGCCGAACAUGAGAAGUCCCAUAUCGGUGCGAAGUCCUGCCAGCUCACCGCCACAGAUAACGGCAGCGGCCAGCACAUCGACCACCACAAUGCUGCAGAUUACACCGCCAAGUUCCUCGGCAAGUUUGAAAUUGAGUGGCAUCCUAACGCCCAGUACCCCAACCAGUGGCACUCAGAUCUCCUCCACGGGCUCCACGGCCAUCAAUGCUGGCACUCCGCAGGCGAAAACUGUGGCCAGUGCCAGAGCAGCUGGUGAGCAACCAUCACCCGAGGAGACCACCGAUCUGGAGGAACUGGAACAGUUCGCCAAAACCUUCAAGCAGCGGCGCAUUAAACUUGGUUUCACUCAAGGCGAUGUGGGCCUGGCCAUGGGUAAGCUCUAUGGCAAUGAUUUCUCUCAGACCACCAUAUCCCGUUUCGAGGCAUUGAACUUGAGCUUCAAGAACAUGUGCAAGCUGAAGCCUUUACUCCAGAAGUGGUUAGAUGAUGCCGAUCGCACAAUUCAAGCCACAGGCGGAGUCUUCGACCCGGCUGCCCUACAGGCCACGGUUAGUACUCCGGAAAUAAUUGGUCGUCGUCGCAAGAAGCGCACUUCGAUUGAGACAACCAUCCGGGGAGCUCUCGAGAAGGCUUUCAUGGCCAAUCAGAAACCGACGAGUGAGGAAAUCAGUCAACUGGCCGAUCGUCUGGGCAUGGAGAAGGAAGUCGUACGCGUUUGGUUUUGCAAUCGUCGACAGAAGGAGAAGCGUAUCAACCCUUCACUGGACAGUCCCACCGGUGGAGAUGAUAUGGACGAGUCGCCCUACAUGAUGCACUAGAAACAGUCGUAAUGGUGGUAAUGGGUGGCCAAAGAUUCGGCGGACAAAAAGUGCAAUGUAAGGAAAACACAAGGAAUAAAUCAAAUAAAAUAGAAAAUGCAACUGGCCAAACUAUAAACAGGUUCAAAGACGCAAACACAUCAAAUAUUAGCUUAAUUAACACACACACAUACAAAUCUGGGGUUUGUUUUAUAUGUUAACUAUUAAUGGUAUUUGUAUUUAUUGUAACAACUUAGAAUUAUAAAAAAAACAAAUGCAAAAUUUUUGCUAAUCAAAUGAACAAAACAAAGUUCAUUUAAUUAACCCAUAAAAUUUUGUACAAUUCAAAUGCUAAUCAU